UCCACCGCUACUUCUUCUUCGUCUGCACGAGUUCCUCACAUACACAGUCUUAACACCUUGAUGCGGCAGCACGCGCAAAUAAUUGAUGCUGCAAGAGAAGAAAGUGAUCAAUUAAACGAAUUAGUGAUGCAUUUCGUUAUCUUCUGAAGCAAGCAUAGUUUACUAGUGUGAUGCUUAAAUUAAAUUAAAGUGUGUUUAGAAGAUGUUUACGAGGACUACAGUCGAUUUUUUAUUUAUUAUGGCAGCUAGUCUGGCUCUCUUGGGGGUGCUGAGAGCCCUCAAAAUCGACGGACAACUCGCAGUCAUCAAAAACGAUUGUUACGAGCGCCUAGCAAUUGGUCAACGACACAAUUCAAAGGACAUUUAUAAAACGUCUCAUGUUACAACAGUGUUGGAGUGUCAGUUAUUCUGCACAGAAGAAAAGGAAACGUGCAAAUCUUUCAGCUUCGGGAUCGGAGUCAAAGGUAACGCAAGCUGUGAGCUUAGUAGAAACUCAAUCAAGGAAACAGCAGACUUGAAACCCAUCGGAACGAAAACUGAUACCGAUUACGACUUAUAUAUAAAAAAAUUAGGGUGCACAUUAGUAAUAGAUAAAAAUAAUCCAGCGUUCGAUCAUUAUAAUAAACCCCCUAGCGGGGAACAACCGUCUGGUUCAUACGAUAAACCUCAAGGUGGCUAUGACCCACCACCACCUUAUAAACCACCAAGUCCGCCGUCGUACGAAAAACCUCAAGGUGGCUACGAACCACCACCUUAUAAACCACCAAGUCCGCCAUCUUACGAAAAACCUCAAGGUGGUGGCUAUGAACCACCACCCUAUAAACCCCCAAGUCCGCCAUCUUACGAAAAACCUCAAAGUGGCGGUUAUCAAUAUGAAAAACCGUCGAGUUCUGGUUAUCCUUCACCCAAUAAACCAUCAGAUGGUUAUGGCGCUCUUAGUAAUAGACCUUCGUACGGCAGACCUCAAGAGGAAAUACAACACGUUCAAACGUUGGUUAGCGUUAGUACUGGACCUCAGAAACCAGUUCUAGAUCCAUAUCACGAAAUUUUGGUGAGUGGUGGGCCAUACAGUUACGCACGACCACCGUUUCGUCCGUCUGCUUUAAAUCAUCCGUAUGAUAAACCACAAGGACCAAAACCUGAUGAGUAUGGUUUAAGACCACAGAGGCCGGACUAUGGAAGGCCAAAUCCAGAUAGAUAUGACUCAAGACCCGGAGAAAGUAAUAUGGUGUCGUAUGGACAAAGACCAAUUCCGGAUAAAUAUGGUUCUUAUAUACCACGACCUGAUCAUUACAAUGAUUACUACAGGCCUGAUGAUUAUUACAGACCAAAUAGUGAUAGGUAUAGGCCUCGUCCUCCUCCCGAUGAGUACAAUUCAAAACCUCGUCCGCCUAAUGACGGAUAUAGUUCAAGACCUCGUCCUCCUCCUGACGAAUAUAAUCCAAGACCUCGCCCUCCUACUGACGAGUAUAAUCCAAGACCUCGCCCUCCUACUGACGAAUACAAUUCAAGGCCUCGUCCUCCUAGUAACGAAUACAAUUCAAGACCACGCCCUCCUACUGACGAAUACAAUUCAAGACCUCGUCCUCCUACUGACGAAUAUAACUCAAGACCUCGCCCUCCUACUGACGAAUACAAUUCAAGACCUCGCCCUCCUACUGACGAAUAUAACUCAAGACCUCGCCCUCCUACUGACGAAUAUAACUCAAGACCUCGCCCUCCUACUGACGAAUACAAUUCAAGACCUCGCCCUCCUACUGACGAAUAUAACUCAAGACCGCGCCCUCCUACUGACGAAUAUAACUCAAGACCUCGCCCUCCUACUGACGAAUAUAAUUCAAGACCUCGCCCGCCUGUUGACGAAUACAAUCCAAGACCUCGUCCUCCUGUUGACGAAUACAACCCAAAACCACGCCCUCCUUCUAAUGAAUACAACCCAAGGCCGCGUCCUCCUCCCGAUGACUACAAUGCAAGACCUCCCAGCAGACCAAACCCAAAUGACUAUGAGAAACCAAACUCUCCCAAUAUUGACUACAUUGAACGACCACAUCGUCCUGAUAGACCGCUUGACUACGACAGACCUAAUCCGUCCAACAAUUAUGGAUCAAAACCUCCCAGUGGUUAUGAUAAACCACAGUCAUCCAGACCGAAUCCACCCAGCAGACCAAAUGACUACGAUUCAAGGCCUAAUCCAACUAGUGACUACAAAAGGCCACCUUCGGAUGACUACAGGGUUUCAAAGCCAGGGAACGAUUAUCUCUUCCAUAGUGACAUCGACAGAUACGACCGUCGACCAGAAGCACCUUCAAAACCCUCACAAGGUUAUCCGAAACCUGACUCAGGAAAACCACCAGACUCUACGAAACCUGGUGGUGGUUACGACAAUUCCAUUAAAGGUAGUUCGAAGCCCAAGGACCCUCAUUCUAAGCUCAUCGUAACACAAAGUAUUGGACCGCACGGUGAAUCGAUAACAUCGAUAAUUACCGAACUGGAUGAAGCAUGCUUCCGAAGAGUUUUAGCUGGCAAACGUGUCGCCAGAGCGUUAGUUAAGAGGGCGUUAUUUUGUGAACGAGUCGAAGACUGCCAAAGGGAAUGUGCUGAAGAAAAACGCUUCGCUUGUGAAGGGUUCAACUAUAGAUUAGAUCCAACGGGCCGUGGCAAAGGCGAAUGCGAACUACUGGAAAUACCCUUGUCCCAUCUAGAUAUAGGACGGGAUCUUUAUCCAGAUACCGAAUACGAUUACUACGAACGAGACCGAAAUGCGGCCAGCGCAAACUGUAAGAGACAAAGUUACUAUCCCGGUAACGGUUACGGCGGUUACUACGAUCGACGUCAGGACCAGAGACCGUAUGAUUGGUGGGAAGAGGACAGGAGGUAUGGUGGUAACAGGAGACCCCGCCCUGACUACGGUUACGAUGUGAGACCUCCGUACGGUGACGAUGGUUACAGACCUGGCGGUAACAGGCGUGGAGACUUUGCAUAUCAUGAUUCACAUCAUUCUGAACACUCACACAAUUAUCAUUACGAGCACUAUGAUCAUGGCCCACCACCAUAUGAUUACCAUAUUUACGAGCCGUAUUUACCUCCUAAUAGAAGGCCUUAUGACGACGAUAGGGAUUUUCAUAAAUACUAUAAUACGGAUAGAGACAGAGACUACUGGGGAAUAAAUAAACCUUCGUGGGGUGGCUAUGGAGGCUCCUAUGGAACAAAUUACAACCCUCGCGAUUUCGACAGGAAAAAUUAUUAUUUGCCUCCUCCAGAAGGAGGAAACAAGAAUUGGGGGCAAUAUGGUGGUAGUUACGGACAAGGCGGAGUAAAUUUGCAGUACAAUGGUUAUGGACACAGCCAAAGUUUUGAUUUCUGGGGUCUAAACAAGUAUGAAGAAAAAUUCCACAAUUAUGGAGAACUCCCUCCAAAUAAACCACCAAGUGGAGGAAGUUAUUUACCAGAUAUCCCCCCUAGACCACCUAGUAGUGGCGGCAGUGGUGGAAGUUACUUACCAGAUGUCCCCCCCAGACCACCCAGUAGUGGCGGAAGUGGCGGUUAUUUACCAGGACCACCUCCAAAACCUCCGUCUAGUGGUGGAAGUUAUUUACCGGAAUUGCCACCCAGGCCUCCCAGUGGUGGAAGUUACGCACCAGAUAUCCCCCCCAGACCGCCCAGUGGUGGAAGUUAUUUACCAGAACCCGCCCUCAAGCCUCCAUUUGCCAGUGGAGGUGGAAGCUAUUUACCGGAACGUCCCCAAAGACCGCCUGCUCAUGCGGGUAGUUAUUUACCACUUCCUGGUAAACCAAAUCCGGAUGAUAUUUACAGUAAUGCCAUACUUCCGGCAGAGCCAAGGUAUCCCUAUUAUUAUGAUUUUCUCAAGGACGAGUGCUCUUUACGAUCAGCUGCCGGAUUUCGACUAACUAAAGGAAUAGUGAAGAAGUUUAUUUCAGUUCCCAAUAUUUAUGAAUGUGAGCUGUUGUGUUUCAAAGAAAAAGAAUUCCCAUGUGCCUCUUAUGCUUAUAGAUAUAGUUCGGGACCUUUAAAUGGCCCCAUUGAAAAUUGUUACCUGAGUAAUCGAAAUUAUAAAGAAUUAGAUUUUUAUACUGAUUUGGAGCCGGAUAGAAAUUUCGAUGUUUACACUAUGAAUAAUAUGAAAAAGUGUGAACAACCUAGAAUCCGAGGGAAAGAUAACAGCGAAUGUUUCUGGAGAGUGAGAAGUGCUCAACGAUUAGACCAUAAAGUUGUUCGCGACUCUUUGUCAGUCAAGUCAAUAGUGGAAUGCCAGAUUGAAUGUUUGAGAUCUGUUCGUUUUACUUGUAGAGCUUUCAGUUUCAGGUAUGGGUCUCCCGUUAUUGGAGGUCCAGUAGACAACUGCUUACUCACAGACUGGCCUUAUUAUGAAAUGGAUCCUAGGAUUCAUUUUGUCCCCGAACCAGGGUUUGAAAUUUACGAAAGAGGUAGCUUUGGUCAUGGUUGUGAACCGCAUCAUUUUGGAGUCAGAGGCAAGCCUUGGAAGAACCCAGGAAUGCGAAUUGAUCAAUUAUGCUACGCUGGCUUGGGUUCUCCUGCUGGACUCUUACGACAAGCUACUAAAAAAGCACUUCAAGUAGCCACGGAAGAAGAAUGUAAAGCGGAGUGUUCGAAAUUGAGAGAAAAUACUCUUUUCCAAUGCGUAUCUCUCAGCUACAAUACGAGGAGUCCAAAAUGGGAACCAAAUUGUAAAUUGUCAGAUAUUUUACAAAGAGAUUUACUACCAAAUGUCGACUAUGUUCCUGAUCCUGAUUCCUGGCUUUUUGCUUGGGAUAUCUACAAUCCAGAAUGUCGAGCUGUUGCGAAUGAACCAGUACAUAACCAUAUAGGUCGUCCAGAUGAUCGUUAUGACAACGAUAUUUACAACGCCAUUGGCACUUGGAGAGUAUAUAGCGUGAGUGGAUGGCCUUGUCGACGAGGGACUUUAUGUAAAGAAAACCGAGUGGCCGGAUUUUGGUACUGCGAACUAGAGGGUGGUGAUGCCAACACUUGGGAUUACUGUUGCAGACCUGAUCAUCAGUGUGGUUUUUCGGAUGGUUUUCCAUAUCAGUGGUGUUACGUGGGCCCCGGACGCACCCAAUGGCGAAAAUGUAGCGACAGAUACUACCCUUACAUCCACAACCUCAUCGACCGCUUUGACCGUCCUCCGCCACGCCCCGGCCCCUCACGCUGGCCCCCAAGUGGCAACAACUACUUACCCGAACAUCGGCCCCCUCCUUACAGACCUGGCAACCGCCCUGAUCGUCCUCCGGCGCCGCCUACACCACCCCCUCCACGCCCCAGUUUGGACGAAUACGAAAUGCAAUUCGAAGCCCAGUUUCUAGACCCGCCCAAACCUGGAGGUUUCGGACAACCCAGACAUUGGCCCUUGUCAUACCUCCACAAAGAAAUGCCUCCCAAUAGUACGGACUCUGACUACAGGUUAAUGAAGGCCUCCAACGGUGAAGCCAACCCCAAAUUCGCCGCGAUUCAGAACCUUAUCGACAUUAUAAAGUCCAAUGAUCUCAAAAAUGUUCAGUACCAAAUAACCAACGAAUCGAAUAAAGCUGAUGAUAUUUUGUUUGUGAAGAUUCCACUGCCUACUAAUUUUACGGAAGAGACUAGGAAGAGCGAGAAGAUUGUGUCUAAUGGCACGCAGCCUAUGUCAGAUCCCAUUGAUUUGAAGAGUGAUGCAAGGAAUAACACCAAGAGAUCUCAGAAGUCACUGCCGAUAGACGAUCGAUUUGUACCGGUUUAUAGACGAAGUUAUAUUACUAGAACUAACGUAACCAACCAUAGAUCGAGAAAUAGUAGAACAUUGUAAGUCAGUCAAGUUAGAACUAACAUAGCUUGUAUACUGCAAUUUUUAUAAUAAAGACAUUUUUUAAACUGAUACAAGGUUGAAUAAGCUGAAUAUACUUUAUGGCACUCUGAUUACAUUUUAAAAUUCCUCUGCUGAAUACAUAAUAUAUAUAAAGGCACAUUUUGGAUGUUAUUACUCGUUUAAAGUACGGAUAAAAUCUACUACCCUCCUUCCUAAUUUAUACACAACAAUAAGUAGGAGCAAACCUAUAA